CCCGCCUCUCCGCUGACUCGGGUGACUUCUGUGACUCCAACCUGUGCCUGAAUGGUGGCACCUGCCUGGUGCGCCAGGACAGUGUCCCUUUCUACUGCCUCUGCCCUGAUGGCUUCACUGGUCUUAUUUGCAAUGAGACUGAUAAAGGUCUCUGUUCCUCAAACCCCUGCCAGCAUGAUGGCAUAUGCCAGGUGAUUGACUCACAGCGAGGGGAUGUCUUCACCCAUUACAUCUGCGAGUGCCCUCCAGGCUAUGUGGGCAUCCACUGUGAGAUCCCUGGGCCCUGGAACCUGCCUGGGCAGUCACCGACUGCCCCCCUCCUCCAUUCAGGCUGCUCCAGGCCUCUGGGCAUGGAGGGGGGCGCAAUUACUGAUGCCCAGAUCUCCGCCUCCUCCGUGUAUGUGGCCUUCCUGGGAAUACAGCGCUGGGGCCCGGAGUUGGCGCGCCUGCACCUCAAGGGCAUCGUCAACGCCUGGACGGCCAGUAACUACGACAAGAAGCCCUGGAUCCAGGUGAACCUGCAGCGGACCAUGCAAGUGACAGGAGUGGUGACGCAGGGCGCCAGCCGCGCGGGGGUUGCCGAAUUCGUGAAGACCUUCAAGGUGGCCUACAGCCUUGAUGGACGCAGGUUCCAGUUCAUCCAGGAUGCAGAGAGGUCUGGAGACAAGGUGUUUGUGGGUAAUUUGGACAACAACAGCCUGAAGGUCAACCUGUUUAACGCCCCUCUGGAGGUGCAGUACGUGAGGUUGUACCCCCAGAGCUGCCACCGGGGCUGUACCCUCCGAUUCGAGCUCCUUGGCUGUGAGUUGAAUGGAUGCUCUGAACCCCUGGGCCUGAAGGACAGGAUCAUUCCUGACAAGCAGAUCACGGCCUCCAGCUACUAUAAGACCUUUGGCCUGCGCGCCUUUGGCUGGUUCCCGCACUACGGGCGGCUGGACAACCAGGGCAAGAUCAACGCCUGGACCGCCCAGAGCAACAAUGCCUCCGAGUGGCUGCAGGUCGACUUGGGCUCCCAGAAGCAGGUGACGGGCAUCAUCACCCAGGGGGCCCGUGACUUUGGCCACAUCCAGUAUGUGGCCUCCUACAAGGUGGCCUAUAGUAACAACAGCCGGGACUGGACAGAGUACAGGGACCGCGGGAACGCAGACAGCAAGAUCUUCCGUGGCAACUCGGACAACAACUCGCACAGGAAGAACUUAUUUGAGACGUCCUUCCUGGCCCGCUAUGUGCGCAUCCUGCCGGUGGCCUGGCACAACCGCAUCACCCUGCGCCUGGAACUGCUGGGCUGCUAGGGCCAGGCCCAGCCCGAGUGACCCUCAGAGGGGACCUGUCGAGGCACCGGGGUCACCUGCCCCUUCUCCCUCAGUCACCUCCCUUCAGUCGCCUCCCUUUGGUGGGCGUGCUGCCUCCUCAGGCUCUGUCCUGAUUAUAAUGAGGCUGGGGCAGGGGAGGGACGGGCUUUCAGAGGAGCUGCCCGCCCUUCCUCCUUCAUCCUCACCCUCCGCCUCCCACCUGUCCCUGGUGCCGGGCUCCCCCACUCACGCACACACACACACACACACACACACACACACAUACACCAUGUCACAUCAUGUUCCCAGGUCCCUAGAGCCAGGCCUAGAGAUGCCAGGCUGCAGAUAAUGGUCUGUCAGCCCUGAGACACGAUGCUGCCACACCUGUCAUGGCCACCUGGCCCAGACACCUACCCUAUCUCCUCAGAGACCUCUCUUGACCCUUGUCAUGAAGCCCAAAGGGACAGGGGGAGCAGCGGGCCUCAGGAGAGGCAGGGGCAGGAGCAGGGCUCCAUCUUGGCUGGCUCUUCACCCCGGUGCCCACAGGCAGCUUCCAAAAUAUAUUUAUAUUCUCCA